ACCGGAAUUGUGAUGCGCACGAGCCCUUCCUCCUCCUCCACUUCUCCCUCUUCUUCUCCUUCCUCUUUUUCUUCUUCCUCGCUGGAGAUUUUAUGGAAUCGGUGUGAUUGUUGUUGUUGUUGUUGUUGUUGUCGCGGUGGUUGUGGCUUCCGUUGGCUGUCGUUACCGUUACGCACACCGCUCGUCUGUUGUGGCCGUGAAGGGAAACACCACAACAACGGUCAUCGACACCGGCGGCAGACCUGCCUCACUCUCUCUCCCUCCCCUCCGCCUGUGUGUGUGUGUCGGUGUUUCUCAGCCUCCAGACGCACGGCAGAAGCAGAAAAAAGAAACAAACAAUUGAGAGCCGCGGGUCGCUUCCUUCAGUCCCACUCUGACUCUGCCGAGCCGAACACAAACUGAAACAACAAUAAACACCCAACACAAAAGAUGAGUUCAUAUUUCGUCAACUCGCUCUUCUCCAAAUAUAAAAGCGGGGAAUCGUUACGUCCGAACUACUACGAGUGCGGUUUCGCGCAGGACCUGGCCGGCAGCCGGCCCACCGUGGUGUACGGCCCGGGCUCCGGCGCCACUUUCCAGCACGCUCCGCAGAUCCAGGACUUCUACCACCACAGCGCCUCCACGCUGCCCAGCAACCCGUACCAGCAGAGCCCCUGCGCGGUUACAUGCCACGGUGAGCCGGGCAACUUCUACGGAUACGACGCCCUGCAGCGGCAGACGCUUUUCGGGGCCCAGGACGCGGAUCUGGUCCAGUACAGCGACUGUAAACUGGGAAGCGCGCCGGGGCUCGGCGGCGAGGACGCGGAGGGAACCGAGCAGAGCCCCUCGCCGACGCAGCUGUUCCCCUGGAUGAGGCCGCAAG